AUGGCAUCAGAAGUGGUGGAUGUAACUUUUGAGGACUUCGUUGAGUUGAUCGGUGCUUUGGCGGGCUGCAGUGGACGCAAGGUACGCACUUCAAUGAUUUCGAGGUUUAUUAGAGAUGGACCGAAUGGUACUACUGCACAUUUUCUUAUUGAUUUUAUUGACCUAGGCUCGUUGCACAAGGACACGGCUCUGGUUUUGAAGUUACUUUUGCCGAAAUCUUCCCCCAGAAUAUUUAAUGUUCAAGAUAAGCAGUUAAUCAAGUAUUGCUCCGACAUAUUUGAUACUGACAAAGAAGCUAUGCUGAAGGAUUUGGAAAAGGGAGACGUUGGCAUGACUCUUUUUACUUUUUUCAAAAAAAGUGCGGCAGUUCAACCAUUGAAAAAAAGUAAGGUUUCUUUAAAACAGGUUGAUCAGUGGUUAGACGAACUGUCAAACGCCAGUGGAGACAAUGAUCGGACGACUAUUCUGUCGAAGUGCACAAAGUCAUGCACCGCCGAAGACUUUCUUGUAUUCAUUCGUCUUAUCAAAAAGGAUCUACGCAUUGAUGUUGGUUCUAAACAAGUUCUAGACGCACUGGGACCUCAAGCCUACUCCGCAUUUCAAGCUUCGCAGAACCUUGAAGCCGUUGUAGAGAAGGCACGAGUCUCGUUAGACAACGGGAAACGACGACUUAGACGUCAGGAUUUAUCGGUGUCGAUCAAACUCAUGACGCCGGUAAAACCGAUGCUUGCUGAACCGGGUCGUUCAGCGGACGCAAUUAUCUCGAAGAUUUCCACGUUAGGUGGUGCACUGGUAGAGAUCAAGUACGAUGGUGAGCGAGUACAGGUGCAUAAACAGGGGGACCGAUUUGUCUACUACUCACGGAGUCUUAAACCUGUUCAUUCGAGCAAGGUGGACCACCUCAAGGAGUACAUCCCCAAGGCAUUCCCAACUGCUGCCGAUUUGAUUUUGGACUCCGAAAUUCUUCUUCUCGACACGAACACCCAAAAACCACUGCCUUUUGGCACUCUCGGUGUUCAUAAGAGGAAAGGGUUUGAAGAUGCCACAGUGUGCCUCUUCGUCUUCGAUUGUCUCUACAUCAACGGGAGAAGUCUCCUUCUCGAACCUAUGUACAAACGACGUGAGAUUCUGGAACAGAACAUGACUGUCGUGCCAAACAGGGUGCUGUUUUCUGAAAAACACGAGGUCAAGACAAAACGCGACUUAAACGAACUAUUGGCUCAUGUAUUUGCUGAAGGCUUGGAAGGUCUUGUCGUUAAACCGAAGAAUAGUGUCUAUGAGCCGGGAAAACGUCACUGGAUAAAGAUUAAGAAGGACUACCUCGGUCAGGGAACCAUGGCCGAUUCAGCUGACCUCAUAGUCUUGGGCGCUUACUAUGGAAAAGGAAGAAAGGGGGGACUGAUGUCUGUCUACCUAAUGGGGUCAUACGACCCGACAACGGAGAAAUUUUGCACCGUCACGAAAGUUGGAAGCGGUUUCAAAGAUGACACUCUUUUGCGUCUACAAAAACAAGGUCAAAUGAUUAAGAUCUCGAAGGACUACUCUAAGGUGCCCAAGUGGUUGAACGUUUCUCGCUGUUUGGUCCCAGAUUUUGUUGUAAAGGAUCCAAAGAAAUCACCUGUGUGGGAGAUUACCGGCGCCGAGUUUUCGCGCGCCGGAUCGCACACCGCAGGAGCUAGCGCCACACAGGAAGGCAUCUCUAUACGCUUUCCACGAAUCACUCGUCAACGCCCCGACAAGACGUGGCGUGAGGCGACGGAUGUGCCACGACUGGAGGCCCUUCUCGCCGCAUCGCACACUCAGCCUGAUUGGAGUCGAUGGCUAGAUAUCAUCUCAAGGCCUUCCAACCAAAUGGCUUCGAAAGAUGUACUGAAAUGGACUCUAGAGGGGGAAGAUGAGGAUCUGAAGAUGAAGGAAUGCGCAAAGAAGCCCUGUCUUAAACGGAUUCGGGAUUCUUACCAAUUCAAUUACCUCCGACCACUGCUUGAAGGUUUUGUAAUUGAAGUACCCAAGACCCUGAUUGACGAUGCCUCCUUCUACCCACUCUACCGCCGCAUGGUUGCUUGUGGCGCUGUCGUCGUUGGAGAUGGCCUUCGGCAUUCCAUGAUGACUGCGACUCACGCCAUUGUUUGGCCUGAUGAGACGCGAUCAUCACCACCUUCGGGUAACUUGAUCCCGUUGACAGUUGAAUGGUUGGAUAAGUCGAUAAAUGAGAACGUGCUGCAACCGCUGCCUGUGAAGUGCCUUUAA